AUGAGAAAAUGUAUUCCAGUACAAGAACGGUUUGCAAUUGCUCUCAGAUUUUUAGCAACCGGAGAUAGUUACACAAGCCUUUCAUAUCUUUUCAAAGUAUCUAUCCAAACAGUUUCAAGUUGUGUCACGGACGUUUGUAAAGCAUUGAUAAAAGAACUAUCACAAGAAAUAAAACUGCCACGGACAUCAUCUGACUGGUUAAGGAUAGAGACAGGAUUCCGCAGAACUUGGAAUUUUCCUCACUGCUUAGGAGCUAUCGACGGAAACAUGUGCUAAUACAAAGUCCUAUUCAUAGUGGAUCUGAGUUUAUCAACUAUCACAAAACAUUCAGUGUUGUAUUAAUGGC